UCCCAUCCCCCGUCACCCUCGAUAUUUUUUCUGAAUGAAGGUCCAGCGAUGUUUAUUGCACGGUAACCUUCGGGCCCAGGUCCAUUGGCUACCCACCGUCUCACCAAUCCGAGUCCGAGCCCCAGCACCCAAGCGAUGCGGAAACGUCCGUCUUAGACAUUACACAUCCCCAGCACCGCGAGGAUACCGUCCGCUAGAGACCCUCGAAGAUGCCAACAUAAACUCCUUUCGUGAGGAAUACUUUACUCCGGAGCGUCCUAUAAUCCUCCCCCGUCGGUACUUUCGCAACAUCCCUGCCUUCCAACGCUGGUUCCAGUCCUCCCCGUCGCUCGCAGUCGCGCAACUGAAUACCGCAUACCUAGCCCAACACGGUGCAGACGCAUCAGUUCCUCUCGAGCUUACGCAGGUAGAUGAAUCGGCGCAGAAAUUUCGCAAGUUCUACGGGCCCCUUAGUCUUUUUCUAGACUGGAUUCGCGCAGCAGAGUUACAGCCGCAGUCCACACGCCUCUAUCUAGCCCAGUGCCAGUUACUGGACUUGCCGCAGGUGCUUCGGGAUGACUUCCCUACACCGGAGCUUGUAGCGCAGGCCGGCAAAGGCGAUGUCUAUGACACUAAUGUGUGGAUUGGCUAUCCGCCGACGUAUACCCCUCUGCACCGGGACCCCAAUCCGAACCUGUUUGUUCAGCUUGCCGGGCGGAAGGUAGUGCGAUUGUUAACGCCCAAUGAUGGGCAGAUAGUGUUUUCGGCUGUACGUGGACAUAUUGGUCGAAGUGGGGGGCGGGAAGCUGCUGCCUUUCGUGGGGAAGAGAUGAUGCAGGGACAAGAGAGGGGUUUGCUGGAGCAAGCGGUUUGGGAUGAGACAGCUGGGCAGAGAUACCAAGGGUAUGAAGCAGAGUUAGAAGCGGGCGAUGGGCUGUUUAUUCCCAAAGGGUGGUGGCAUAGCAUUAAGGGGACGGGGGAGGGCGUCACAGCUUCGGUCAAUUGGUGGUUUCGAUGACGCCAAGCUAAUAUUCCCAUUGAGAAGAGCUAUUGGUCAGUUCAACUAAUUUUCUUGCCGAAAGACUACUACUCCGUAGGUAAUUGCGAUGUUAGACGACGACAAUCUACCAG